AUGUCGGCUCAGGCGCCUGCCUCGAAGUCGCCUACGGUGGUUCGGAGUCAAUCUACUUCCUCUCGCCCCGCCCAUUGGGCCCCCUCGUCGGAUUUGCCCCAUCGGACUCGAAGCGUGGCGGUCCGCUCGUCCAACACGUCCCAGCCCCCUCCACAGACACAAUACACACACUCCAAACCCCCCUCUUAUGACCGCCGCCCACCGGCAAACCACGCUGUGCUAGACAGCGUUGCUCGUCGGGAUUUUGAGGCAUCCAAUGUGUCCAAGAUGCCGUCUCGCCGUGAACCUUCCUCUGAGCGCUCACAGGAGCGCCCUCCCACGGCAACCCGGACCGAGUCCACCCGAAGACACCAGCGCACUUCCUCCACCCAAGCUCAUCAACGGGAUAGCGUCGACAUGACUGCCACCGCUACUGCGGAUCGCGCAACCGAUUCCUCGCAGAAUGCGACCGCUCCGACCGCCCCCACAACCACCAGGCGUCGAGCGACGAUCACCACGCCAACGGGCCAAUGGGCCCUGGGGAAGACUAUCGGUGCGGGCAGUAUGGGUAAAGUGAAGCUCGCGAAAAAUAUGGAAACUGGAGAACAGGUCGCCGUCAAAAUCGUCCCCAGACUUUCAACCGAAGAACAUCGCAAUGGCCGGGAAUCAGAGAGAGCGGAUCGGUCAAAAGAAAUUCGAACGGCUCGAGAGGCCGCCAUCGUGAGUCUCGUUAGCCACCCAUACAUCUGUGGAAUGCGAGAUGUGGUGCGCACCACAUAUCACUGGUACAUGCUGUUUGAGUAUGUCAACGGUGGUCAAAUGUUAGAUUACAUUAUCUCUCACGGAAAGUUGAAGGAGAAACAAGCCCGCAAGUUCGCCCGCCAGAUUGCGAGUGCUUUGGACUACUGCCACCGCAACAGCAUCGUUCACCGUGAUUUGAAGAUCGAAAACAUCCUCAUCAGCAAGACCGGUGAUAUUAAAAUCAUCGAUUUUGGUCUCAGCAACCUUUUCUCUCCCAGAAGUCUCCUGAAGACCUUUUGUGGUAGUCUAUACUUUGCGGCUCCGGAGCUGCUCCAGGCAAGACAAUACACUGGACCCGAGGUAGAUGUUUGGAGUUUCGGCAUUGUUCUCUACGUCUUGGUUUGUGGUAAAGUGCCUUUUGAUGACCAGAGCAUGCCUCAGCUUCACGCGAAGAUCAAGAAGGGCGUUGUGGAAUACCCACCUGGUCUAACAACUGAAUGCCGUCAUAUCAUUUCUCGUAUGCUUGUUACCGACCCAAAGCAACGUGCCAGCUUGGCCGAAAUUAUGAACCACCCCUGGAUGAACAAAGGCUUUAAUGCGCCUCCCGAAAACUACCUUCCUCAACGCGAACCUAUUCAGCUUCCUUUGGACCAAGAAGUUGUUGAGAAGAUGACAGGCUUCGAUUUUGGCUCUCCAGAUUAUAUCACAUCCCAGUUGACCAAGGUGUUGGAAUCGGAGGAAUACCAACACGCCGUGCGUCUCAAUUACCGUGAACAUCCAGUUAAUAGCCAAGCGGAGCGAAGGCGCGGUGUCUUUGACUUCUAUAAGAGACGCAAUUCCGCUGCUAGCCGUGAUACACUAUCUGCGCCUUCCGCUGAGGCAAUCCAGUUGGGCAAUGAUCCCUUAAAUGCUUAUAGCCCGCUGGUCUCUGUUUAUCACCUGGUCAAGGAGAAGCUCGACCGAGAGCGGAUGGAGAGUCGCCCCGGUGCUCUAGGUAUUCGUCCACCCACGGCUGAAGCGGGGGUCCCCGAGUUGGCACCCCCAGAAGCCGCCCACACCAACCAAUACUCGGUCCCGGGAGAAAAGGACACCAGCCGACGAUCCCGCCCUCGGGCCCGAACCCAUGGCGAGGAAGAAGUAACAGAGGGCAUGAAGAAUCUCCAUACUUCCUCGCCGGCUGGACACCCAACGCCCGACACGCCUGCAAAGAAGGAAAGCGCAGCUGCCGGUAUUUUGCGGCGUUUCAGCACCCGCAAAACUAAGGAGCGCAGCCGUGAUGUCGAACGGGAGCGUAUCAGCACCCCCAAUACCCCGACACUUAAUGUUCAACCCCCUGUGGAUUCCGCAUCUCCAUUGAAUCGUGGAUUUAGUGUCCGACGAACUCGGCGACCCGAGCCAUCUCCACCUCUUCCAUCUGCGGGAAGCCAACCUCAACACCAGGACCUACUUGCAGCACCAGGCACGGCCGAUUCAUCUUCGCAGUCUAGUAAUUCCAAGUUCCUGGGACGUUCUACCAGCGUCAACUCUGCUGACUACCGGCCUCGAAGAACUGCCCGAAGGGGCGAUGGUGAAACUUUGGAUGUCGAACGCCAGCCUCCCUCAACGAGUGGCUCAGACCAAGUUGACCCCAACAUUCAAAAGGAGCAACCUGUCACGAAGACCGGUGGCCGCACACAUACCGCACGUACCAUGUCUCUCGGCCAUGCCCGCCGUGAAAGCAUUCAAGCCCGACGAGCUCGGCGGGAGGCCGCUCUUGAGGCCAACGUACCUGAAGAGACUGACGAAGACAUCACCGGUGCAGGCACCGCGCUGGAAAGCGCUAACGAAGGAGAAGAUCUAUCUAAGCCAGUCUUCCUCAAGGGUCUCUUCAGUGUGUCAACUACAAGCAGCAAGCCCUUGCCGGUCAUCCGGGCUGAUAUUAUCCGCGUUUUGAAACAGCUGGCUGUGGAUUACGUGGAGAUCAAGGGUGGCUUCCGCUGUCGACACGCUCCUAGCAUUGACCUCGAAAAAGUGGUUGAUAUUAGCCCUCCUAGCCCAGACCGUCAGGGUCAGGUUUCACACCGUCGUCGCAUCAGCUUUGGCGGGCUUCUUGGCCAUGACGACAGCCGCGACGACAGCCGUUCGGGUUCUAACAAAAUACACCGCCGGCCCCAGGCGGCCCCAGACCGCAGUUUUGUCUCAAAUUCGGACGCAUCUGAUGAAUACGUUGUCCGCGAUGCCCAGCCAAGUACUACAGUGGGCGAGCGGGUGGUCGGAGAAACCACCACGCGUGUCCAAAGCGACACUGGCGAGAACUUGGUACUUCGCUUUGAGAUUCUCAUUGUGAAGGUCCCCCUGUUCUCUCUACACGGUAUCCAAUUCAAGAAGGUCUCCGGUGGCAUGUGGCAGUACAGGGAGAUGGCGAAGAAGAUCCUUGAUGCUUUGCGACUGUGA